AUGCAAACAGAGAGGAGCAUCCAGAGUUUCGGCAGCAGAUACAGGCAAAUCCCUUUUAUGUACGAUGUCAAGCGAAACGUGUACAACGAGGAGAAUUUCCAGCAGGAGCACAGGAGGAAGGGCCCCACUUCUGGGAAAGUGGACAUCAACAUCACCACCUUCAAGCACCACGUCCAGUGCCGCUGUUCAUGGCACAAGUUCCUAAGAUGCAUGCUCACAGUCUUCCCCUUCCUGGAGUGGAUGUGUUUGUAUCGAUUCAAGGACUGGCUUCUUGGAGACUUACUUGCUGGUUUAAGUGUUGGUCUUGUUCAAGUUCCCCAAGGCCUGACACUUAGUCUACUGACAAGGCAGCUGAUCCCUCCCCUCAACGUCACUUACGCUGCCUUCUGCUCUUCAGUCAUUUACCUGAUUUUUGGAUCAUGUCAUCAGAUGUCCAUCGGCCCCUUCUUCCUUGUGAGUGCUCUGAUGAUUAAUGUCCUGAGAGAGAGACCAUUCAACGGUGGUCACCUGAUCUUGGGAACUUUUGUUAAAGAUGACUUCUCUCUCCCCACCUUCUACGUAAACUACAACAGAUCCUUAAGCAUGGUGGCAUCCACAACGUUCCUGACUGGAAUUAUUCAGCUGUCAAUGGGUAUGUUGGGCAUGGGCUUCGUGGCCACAUACCUUCCAGAGGCUGCAACCAGCGCCUACCUAGCAGCCGUGGCGCUGCACGUCAUCCUGGCCCAGAUGACAUGCAUCUUUGGGAUUAUGAUCAGUUUCCAUGCUGGUCCCAUCUCCUUCAUCUACAACAUAAUUAACUACUGCAUAGCUCUCCCCAGAGCCAACUCGACCAGCAUCCUGCUCUUCCUCACUGCUGUGGUGGCUCUGAGAAUCAACAAAUGCAUCCGCAUCUCCUUCAACCGCUACCCCAUUGAGUUCCCCAUGGAGCUGCUGCUGAUUCUUGGCUUCAGCCUACUUACGAGCAAGAUAACCAUGGCUACAGAGAACAGCAAGAUGCUGAUUAACAUGAUUCCUUACAGCUUCGUGUUCCCUGAGACUCCAGAGUUGGGUGUUCUUAGCAGAAUUGUUUUACAAGCCAUGUCUUUAGCUUUAGUGAGCUCCUUCCUGCUCGUCUCUCUGGGCAAGAAGAUUGCAAACUUGCAUAACUACAGAAUCAACUCCAACCAGGAUUUAAUAGCCAUCGGCCUUUGCAACGUGGUCAGCUCCUUUUUCAAAUGUUGUGUGUUUACGGGCAGUAUGGCCAGGACUGUUAUCCAAGACAAGUCUGGAGGAAGACAGCAGUUUGCCUCUCUGGUAGGCGCAGGUGUGAUGCUGCUGUUGAUGGUGAAGAUGGGAAGCUUCUUCCACAAACUGCCUAAUGCUGUGCUGGCUGGCAUCAUCCUAAGCAAUGUGGUACCCUACUUGGAAACUAUUUACAAUUUACCUAGUCUGUGGAGACAGGACCAGUAUGACUGUGUCCUGUGGAUGGUGACAUUCUCCGCUGCGAUUUUCCUGGGAUUAGACGUUGGACUGCUCAUCUCACUGGGCUUCACUUUCUUUAUCAUCACUGUCCGCUCGCACAGAACCAAGAUCCUCGUCUUGGGUCAGAUCCCCAACACCAACAUUUACAGAAAUGUUAAUGACUACCGGGAGGUGAUUCUCUUCCCUGGGGUGAAAAUCUUCCAGUGCUGCAACUCCAUCACGUUUGUCAAUGUGUACCACCUCAAGCGCAAGCUGUUAAAAGAGGUCAAUAUGAUGAAGUUGCCUCUUAAAGAAGAAGAGAUUUACACUCUGUUUCAUGACAGUGAGACCAGCAUAGCAGAGAACAAAAUUUGUAGGUGUUUCUGCGACUGUGAAGAGCUGGAGCCAGAGGCCAGGGUCAUCUACACAGAGCGGUAUGAAAACAAAGAGGGGCAGCAGUCAGCCACCAACCUGGUCCGCUGCUCCUACCUGGCCAGCGGGGACACCAGCCAAGCCACUUCUGAGGAGCAGAUCCCCUACACAGUGUCUUCCACAUCACAGAGGAAUAUGGGGCCGAACUACGAGGACAUGGAGAAAGCCUGGCUACCCAAUGACCCCGCAAGAAACAACCUAUUGUCACCGCCCGAAAACUCAGAGAGCUUAGCACAGAGUAGAUCCAGAUCGGUCAUCCUGCCUUACUCAGAUACAAGUGUGCAGUUCAACACCCACACCAUCAUUCUGGACUUUUCCAUGGUACACUAUGUGGAUAAUCGGGCUUUGGUCACACUGAGGCAGAUGUGCAAUGCGUUCUACAAUGCCAACAUUCUGGUGCUCAUUUCAGGGUGUCACACCUCUGUGGUCAAGUUGCUUGAGAAGAAUGAUUUCUUUGACGAAGGCAUCACGAAGGCCCAGCUCUUCCUCAGCCUCCAUGACGCCGUGCUGUUUGCCUUGUCAAGGAAGUUCUCCGAUCCCUCAGAAUUAAGCAUUGAUGAGGCCGAGACAGUGAUACAGGAAACCUACUCAGAGUCAGACAAGAAUGACAAUCUAAGCAAUCUGAGACUUAAAACGGGGAAUGCCAUCAAAGACAGCUCCCAACAUGCAAGUCUGACCUACACCAAGACCCUGAAGCCUAUUAAGGAUGACCUGGAGUUUGACCUAAGUCCAGCCUACAACAAGCCCCAUAAGCCUGUUAAGGAUGACUUGGACUUUAACCUGGAACUGGAUCCCAUGCAGACUUCUGAAGAGACCAGUGGGAUGGAUCUCAAUCUGGACCUAGACUUGGACUUAGACCAGGAGACAGAGCUGGACCCUGGAUCUGAGCUGGAUUCUGAUAUCCAUGCCAAACCUGAGCUGGAGCUAGAGUCAGAGCUUGAGACAGAUGCCCAGACAGAGCCUGAGACAGAGGAGGAGCCAGAGCCGGAACCAGAGUCCCAGAGGGAGAGGGAGCUGGAGCCCAAGACCAGGGCAAGGGCUUCGAGCCCCUGGCGGAGCUACCUCACUGCUUAUCGCUUUGGCUCUGUAAGCUCCCAGUCUGGAGUUGUACCUCAGACACGCUCGGCAGAAAAGAGACAGCCACGCACUUAUCCAAACUCUCCCCAAAACAGUAAGGACACUUGGUAG